AUGCGUGUCUCUGCUCUGAUCGCCUUCUCUGCAAGCUGCCUUGGCAUCACGGCCAGCGCUAGCCCUUCUUUCAAACUAUUUUCACCCAAGCCUAACUGCCCCCCUCAAAGCGCGAAUCCGUGGCAGCAGCGCGCCAUCCUAGCAGACUUUGUGGAAGCCUUCUUCGUAGAGCAAAACGCUACAAAGGCCAUACUCAAUCACAUCGCGGAAGACUACAUUCAGCACAAUCCUGGAGCACUGUCGGGCCGCCAAAACGCACUAGACGCUCUUGUGCCGUUCCUGUCUUUGCCCGGCGUCAACCUGACCGUCCUGCGACAGGGCUUCGAAAACAACUUGGCAUUCAUCCAUUCUCGUUUGGACAUCGAUGGCGUUGCGCAGCCAACUGCGAUUGUCGACAUUUUUAGGUUCAAUGGAACCUGCAUCGUCGAGCAUUGGGACGUCGUCCAGGCCAGAGACCCCAACUCUAUCAACCCGUUGGCUCUGUUCUAG